AUGAGCUUAUUUGGGUCAUUGACGUUGCUCCUUGUAUCCGAAGAGCAGCAAGUGAAACGAUGGGCUCAAGUGAUCAGAGAUGACUCUCGGGAUGCUACGAUAUUGUCCAAGAGACAGAUAGACGAUCCUGGGUUAGACGUUUUCCCUUUACAGCGAGAUGACAUUCACAACAUAGGUGCAGAUAUCCUAACUUAUCAAACCAUUGAUUUUGUCAUCACGGACACAACUGAUUUUGAGGAGUAUUCUCAAUUAGCCUUCUUGUAUAUGGUGCCCGUUGUCACCCCCGAAUGGCUAUACAAAUGCAUUGAGGAGAAACGUGUCAUUCCACAGGUGCAUAAGUAUAGUCCCGAUGCCAGACAUAUACUCCGAUACUGCCAAUUAUAUAUAUCGCCAUUUACCAUCGACAGUUCCGAACGACAGUUUUUAGAGGACAUCACGCAGACGUUGGGCGGCAUUACACAGAACUUCAUUAGUGACAAGACUACACACAUAGUCAUCAAGACGUUCGAUGACCCCUUAGUAAAAGAGAUGGAUGACAAUGUCAUACUGAAAGAGGUCUUGAACCCCACCAUGAAGAUUGUCAGUUACCAAUGGUUACUCGACUGUUUCAAGACUGUUAGUUGGGCCAAUGAGAUAAAAUACUCUAGCCCAGGCCCAUAUAUGUCAAUAACCUGUAACAAUAGUAAUCCACUGUCUCCAGUGUUCCAGAACAUAUCGAUUCAUCUAUCCGAUAGCAUACCUGGGGACAUACGCCAGUUUCUAUCCGAGUUCGUACGAUCAAAUGGCGGCAGUACCGUCACUGCGGAAGACAAGGAAAGUUAUAGAAUUAUAGACUACCAGGACACCCCUACUGACGACCAAAACAGCUUCACCAUUACAUGGUUAUUCUACCAAUGGUCAUUGGACAAAUUCGAUGAUUGUCUGCGAUUACAAAGAACCAAUCGAUUAUUAUAUGGACACAAUGGCGGCAACAACGAUACCGACACAUCCAAGACAAAGGUGAGUUAUACAUGUUUCCUAGGCAUGCGCAGGUGGUAUAUACAUCGCAUGCUAGAAUGGUUGGGCUAUACAUGUUCAUCCUGUGUCACGUCGGAUACGUCAUUGCUGAUUGUAAACGAGCUGGCGGAUAGACUCGGUCCGAACGGCUCGCUUAUGCCGAAAGUACAAUUAUACGAGGGAGAGAAGCUCACUACUCAAUUCGUUUUAGCAAGCCUUGAGCGAAACCCAUUAUUGUCCACAUUGAACGGCAGCAGUGCCGAAACUGAAAAUCCAAGUGACAGGUACACUGAAUAUCGAUAUGUGCAUCGGAGUUUACUGCCCAGCCGUUCUUUACACAAACGAGCGAGCACAAUGGGGUCUCUUGAAGUAGUGCCCACAGACAAGGCUGUGGUUUCAUCGAAUGCAGUUCCGGGCUCUGUUCCGGGCUCGGUUUUGGGUGCGACGGAUGCUCAACAAGAAGGAACGCAGCUAGAUACUCAGGUAGAGACAGCAGAUGAUGUAAUAAUCACUAAACACAGGACCAAGAGAAGGAUCAUUCCUGAUUCAAAUGAAAGCCGCAGCGCAACUACAAGUGCUACUGCAAGUGCUACUGCAAGUGCUACUGCAAGUGCUACUGCAAGUGCUACUGCAAGUGCUACUACGAGUACCAUUCCAAGCACCAUUGCAAGUGUCUCUACUAGUGGGCAUGCCAGUCAAAACGGUAGUUCCGGCCCAGAAGAUACCGAAGAAUCUUAUAGUUCUUUCAAUUCCAUUGAUCAAUUAGGGGACAGGGAGGACAAUCGUCCGACUAAGAGAUCUAAGAGAUCUAAAAUGCCUGAGAGAUCACUGAACAAAAUGUAUGACAUACGUGCGGUGUGCACGAACUGUCUCAAGACACUAAGCGCUCGCGAUAAGAAGGUGCUUAGUCAGCUUGGGAUUGAUAUACGAGACACGUUGAGCGAUGAUAUCAACACAAUUGUAGCACCCCGUCGGGUUAAAACCGAAAAGUUUUUGAAAGCGCUUGCGCUGCCCACACUGGCGCAUGUCAUCACCCCUGGUUUCGUUGAGCGAGUGUUGAAACUGCACAAAGCUGAAAAACUACACGAGGCACCCCAACUUAAACUUGGCCAGUACCAAUUGAGCGAUAUACCCAUGGGUGUCAACAAUAGAAACGGGCUGUUUCAGAAAUUUGGGAUAUACACGAUAAACCUAGUAAACGAUAUCCCCGUGGGGACAAACCAGAUCAGAUCAAUACUAGAGUACCACGGUCUCACCACCAAUAUCUUACCGUCUCGUUUUUCCCUCGAAGACCUGAAAGCUCAAGGAAUGGACCAUAAGAUCAGGUACAUCCUGGUGGCCCAUAGAGCCUCGCAAGUACACCGACUAUCAAAACUAGUUGACAACCGACCCGUGCUUGCGGUACAAUGGGACUGGCUUGUCAACUGUAUGUUUACGGGACAAGUGUUGCUAACCGGUAAUGCCGAGGGAAUACUCCGGUACACUGCUUAG